AUGCCUCUUAUCGAUCCGCUCUUUGAUAAGAAAUCACGUGCAUUACGUGACCGCGGAUUGCUGUGUACGUCCCAUGGGGGUACAAUUGAGGCGGUGUAUCUUGCGGUGGGCGUUUUGCCAGUCGAACGCGUUGUCGCGUCGCUCCUCGUGAUUGAAUGUCGUCUGAUCAUGGAAGGCCCCAUGGACAUUCUCAAGGACCUCCAUGCCUCUAUUGCCGAGACAUGUGAAGCGUCAUUCAUCAAAGCAAAUCGAGAACUAGCAUCCCAGAUCAACAGCCUCGAGAAAAGAGCAAACAAUGCUGAACAGAACGCCGCAGCUUCUACCGUUGCUCAACAGGCUGCAGAAACCCGAAUUCAAGAGCUACAGUCACAGGUGAGAGCCCUCCGCGAGGAGCUAAGCCACCUUGAAACCAAUACUCAAGACUUGGAGCUUCCCGCACAACUUGUUCGCCUUGAAGAUGAAUUCGGGCCCGAGCUUGUCUGCGCCGUCAAUCCGGAAAAUACAGACCAGAUGAAAGAAACAUUCACGGCUAAAUACACUGCACUAUAUACCAACUUACAGGUCCUGGUGCAGGGUUGGAACAGCCUCAAACUUAAGGUUCUACAGCACAAAAAAAAACUGCGUCGUUGGGACAAAAUGUUAGAACUUGAUGAGUUUACACUUGUCCUUGAUGGUACGCGGGUUACUUUUCGAAAAGUUCAAAGCCUCGAAUUGGAAGGCACCCAUAUGCAAGGAAUCAAUUCUGGCUUGAGCUCCAACCCAGCAAGUACGGAUGUGGCUUCUUCUCGUGCGAACGGUACCUCAGAGAACGACCAGCACAGCCAUGAUCAAGAUCAUGCAACGUUGACAACGGCCAGUGUCAAAAUGGAAGUUAAUAGUCCACCUAUGGAUCUCGGUAAUUGUUCAGAAAUAUCGGCUUCUGACCCGAGCAACUCUGGUACUGGUCGAGUGUCACCGCCGGAAUCAUUUUCAGACACUCUGCCUCCUUUACCUACUGGCAGUAUACAAGAUCGGAAGAGAAAGCGGGUCCUGCCAGUCGGCCGUCAUGAAACGAUAGACAAAGCUGUUGAGCAGCCUGUGGCCGUUAAGAAUGAACCUAUCUCAUCGAGCCCAUCACAUUACUCCAUUCAUUCAAUCGGACAACAUUUUCCAAGCACCCAGGAUCUAGAUGCAAUCGGCAAUGCUGUCCAAACACCCACCAAGCGAACAACACACCGAAAGAAACCUCGUGAAAGCCAAAUGCAAAGGGCCAACUGGAGCCCUGGUGACCGAAAUCGAGUUGAUUAUCAACUGGCCCAGCAAGAGUCAGCUUUGCAGCCAGUCGAUGGGAAUGCUCGAAUGGAUCGUCGUGUUGACCAGGAGCCUGGCAUAAAAAAACAGAAACUUGCGGACCAACAUGAAAUGUCGCCAAUGACCAAAGGCAACGGCCACAGGAGUCCCGAGAUUCAAACCAGCAAAAAUGCCUCGAAGGGCUCUGCAACGGCACGUUCUGAUCGAACAGCCAAAGCAUAUCGAAAAUCUGGCUCCCUCCAGCCACACGGCCCUACAGAGGAACCAUUGCAAUCCCAAUCACCGCAGGAUUCCUGCAAUCUGAACAUCCGUUCGGAUCGGGCUCGAUCGCAUGCGAGUGCAUCUACACGGCGUUCGGGAAUUUCACCACAUGACGAGUCAGAAUCCCAAGGCUGCCCCGAGAUACAUCCCGAAGAUGAACCGUAUAGAGCACGACCCCUGCAUCGACUAGGCCUUUCUCAUUUUAAGAUAAACCCAUCCAGUAAUCAGGGACUGGACUACGCAUACAGCACGGUUGUGAGGAAGAAAGAUGAUCGCAGGUGUAUUUCCGGGUGCACGCGUCCUGGAUGCUGCGGAGAUCGCUUCCGUGCCAUGGCCCGUCUUGGUGGAUUGCCUCAGACAAAUUCCACGGAGACAGAAAACCAACGACUCUUGGAAGAAUAUAUAGGCGAAGACCGGCAUCUCCUAAAGGGGCUAAGCGAUCAAGAUCGCGAGCGUCUCCUGGUUGAGGCCAGAGCGAGGGUCAUCGCCAAUCAAUACGGAAGGCAUCGACAUACUCACCAAAGACCCCAAACACCACCGGGGUUUUGGAGGACCGAUAUGCCUGACACGCAGGAAUUAGAGGCCGAUCGCGAAGCUGCAAGCAGGUUGGAGCGUGACAAGGUCGAGGAGCUCUACGAGGACUUCGUGACCAAGAAUGCCAGCUCGGUUGGGCAGGUUGAAUCCGCCUUGCGUUCAUUGACCUACAUUAUCCCUGGGCGAUAUCGCGAAUCUGAAGUUGCUUCAGAAUGCGUUCAUUCCGGUGUUCAACUCUUGUCCCUCUACCACGACUCUUUGGUAGCCAAAGUUGUCUCUCAGCUUCCAUCCACCGUUCCCAAACCAACGCCCACCCCACAUGCUCGAUAUACCAAAUAUUGGAUCUCACGCUCCUCGUUGUAUCGCCAGGUAGCUCUUGCGCUGCAGAUGCUUCAAUAUACCGAGUUGCUGUGGGAGAUGGCGGCGCGCCGGCGUGGCCAAAAGACCAGGUGGCGCGUUGUCGUGUUCAUUGAAUUCGCCAAAGCUGUGUGCCGCCUACUUCUGCUUCGGUUGACAAAUUCCAGACCUCUGGUCAACCCCCCACUCCCUGAGCGAGAAGUUGACCCAAGGUCAAUGGAACAAGAAGAAGACCAAAGUGACUGGAAUGGGAUGGAGUCUCCCAUCAGCGAGCGAUCAUCUGAUUUGAGCUGGACGAUGCCUCGCACUGGGUUAUCACUCCCAUCGCUUCCGGACGUUAACGACGUAUCGAAUUAUCUUAUCUCGAAAGUUCUCACCGCUGAUGAUAUCAAGCCUCCUAAGACUCUUUUGCACCGAGUGACUGGACAAGGACAGCUGGCCGAGGUUCUGUACAUACUGCGGCCAGUCGUAUACGCCCUGGCAAUGCAGAGAUGGAGCAAAGAUAAGCGAAGCUGGCGGCCUUGGUUGAUUGGCUUUGGAAUGGAAUAUGGCUGUCGACAACUUGCCAAGCGAGAUUUCCGUGAGCGUGUUGCUGGAGGCCUCCGCAGCCUUACCGGACUUGAACGGGAGGAGCUGAAGAAACGCGGAUGGUCCAUGGGUUGGUGGCUAAUGCGGGGCGCGUUCUACGAGAACAUCACGAAGACAUGGCUGCACAGUCUUACUGGCAAAAUGAAGGGUAAGCCACUGUUGGAUUUGGUGGGUAGUGUGGUGGAGGACUAUGAAUACCUGUGGGACAACUACUACUUUUCGACCACUACCCUGUGA